AUGAUGGGACUUGACUUUUCUGGAAAAUCCACAAUUUUAUAUAAACUUAAACUAAAUCAGACAGUAGAGACCUUUCCAACAGUUGGGUUCAAUGUGGAGUCCCUGGAAGUAGCUAAAAAUGUUUUUAUCACUGUAUGGGAUGUAGGAGGUCAAGACAAGCUGCGCCCCAACUGGAAAGAGUACCUGGAGGACACGGAUGUUCUCAUCUAUGUGGUGGACAGCAGUGACAAGGCCAGGAUUCCAGACGCCACUCUAGAAUUGCUGACUGUGUUGGACAAUGUAAAUAUGGCUAGAGUUCCUUUCUUGGUUUUGGCUAACAAACAGGAUGUACCUGAUGCUCUGUCCACUGAAGAGCUUAUGAACACACUUAAACUGGAAAAUUAUACGAUCGACCCUGGGAAAUACAAGGCUGCAGCGCAUACACUGGAGAAGGCUUGA